UUAGCCAAAGGUGAAGUAAUUUGUCAAGAAAGCAGUACAGGAGUAAAAGUACUUAAAUGGCAUGACAAAAGGCCUGUACUGAUGAUAACCACUCGCCCUGAAGACGUUUCUACUCUUGUGGCAAGCAAAAAAACAACAAAGAAAGGCGAGGUUGUCAUGAAACCAUCAUGUGUCAUGGCGUACAAUGCAGCAAAAAAAGGAGUGGACUUUUCAGAUCAGAUGUCCUCUUAUUACACUCCUAUCAGAAAGACUCUCAUUUGGUACAAAAAAGUUGCACUGGAUCUUCUCCUAGGUACUUGUGUAGUGAAUGCACUAGUACUACAUAACAAGUACUCAUUAAACCAAAAAAAUUGUUGUAUGCUCACUUUCAGAGAAAAAAUACUUCGAAAUCUCCUUGAAGGAGAAAAUGUUGGAGCCCUUGUUCAAACACCCCAAGAUGGCAGGCAAGGUACCAAGAAACUAAAACAUGUGCUCUCAAAGCGUGAAGGGACUGCAAGAGAAACCAGAAAACGGUGUGUCAGCUGCUACAGCAAAAUGAAGGAAGAAAGGGGGGCCAAAGCAGCAAGGACGUACGCAAAACGUGUUUCAACUUACUGCAAAGGGUGCGAUGAGACUCCUACAAUGUGCUUAGAGUGUUUUAACUCCAAGCACUAAACUGAACACCAUUUGUAAUAGGAAAGCUAAUGUUUAAUUAAAAUAUCUUGAGUUUCAAAUUUA